AGCAGCACACUCUCUCACUCCAAAACCUGAUCUCUCUCUCUCUGUGGAAGGAGGGAGCGGAGGUGGAGGUAGUGGACCAUCAUGGCGGCCAUCGGAGGGUUGAAGGCACCGUACAGCAGCGCGAGCCUCUCCCGGGAUAGCCGUGCGGCGACGGCGGCGUCUCGGCGGCUAUCGUUUGCGUCGUCGUAUCUGUGCGGCGAGAAAAUCUCGCCGCAGUUGUAUUCUCUGCGGCGCCGUUCCGAGUGCGGUAGGACUCCGGCCAUUGUCUCGCCGAAGGCUGUGUCAGAUUCGCAGAAUUCGCAGACUUGUCUUGAUCCUGAUGCCAGCAGAAGUGUCCUGGGAAUUAUACUUGGAGGUGGAGCUGGAACUCGGCUUUACCCUCUUACAAAGAAGAGAGCAAAACCAGCGGUUCCCUUAGGAGCAAACUACCGUCUGAUUGACAUCCCUGUCAGCAAUUGCUUGAACAGCAACAUAUCAAAGAUCUAUGUUCUUACCCAGUUCAAUUCUGCAUCGCUAAACCGGCACCUUUCACGAGCAUAUGCAAGUAACAUGGGUGGCUACAAGAAUGAAGGGUUUGUUGAAGUUCUUGCAGCUCAGCAAAGUCCAGAGAACCCUAACUGGUUCCAGGGUACAGCUGAUGCUGUGAGACAGUACUUGUGGCUGUUUGAGGAACACAAUGUCUUAGAAUUUUUGGUUCUUGCUGGGGACCAUUUGUACCGUAUGGACUAUGAAAGGUUUAUCCAAGCCCAUAGAGAGACUGAUGCUGAUAUUACUGUAGCUGCACUUCCAAUGGAUGAAAAACGUGCCACUGCAUUUGGUCUGAUGAAGAUUAAUGAAGAAGGACGCAUCGUUGAAUUUGCCGAGAAACCAAAAGGAGAGCAAUUGAAGGCUAUGAAGGUUGACACUACUAUUUUAGGUCUUGAUGAUGAGAGAGCUAAAGAGAUGCCUUACAUUGCAAGUAUGGGUAUAUAUGUGGUGAGCAAAGAUGUCAUGUUAAGUCUGCUUAGGGAGCAGUUUCCUGGAGCCAAUGAUUUUGGAAGUGAAGUCAUUCCUGGUGCAACUUCCAUUGGCAUGAGAGUGCAAGCUUACUUGUAUGAUGGGUAUUGGGAAGACAUUGGUACUAUUGAGGCUUUCUACAAUGCCAAUUUGGGAAUCACUAAGAAGCCAGUGCCAGAUUUUAGUUUCUAUGAUCGUUCAGCUCCCAUCUACACCCAACCCAGAUAUUUGCCUCCUUCCAAGAUGCUUGAUGCUGAUGUUACUGAUAGUGUCAUUGGUGAAGGUUGUGUAAUUAAGAACUGUAAAAUUCAGCAUUCUGUGAUUGGCCUUCGAUCUUGCAUAUCUGAGGGUGCAGUUAUAGAAGACACAUUGUUGAUGGGAGCUGAUUAUUAUGAGACAGAUGCUGAGAGAAGAUUCCUGGCCGCGAAAGGCAGCGUUCCGAUUGGUAUUGGGAAGAACUCUCACAUCAAAAGAGCAAUCAUCGACAAGAACGCUCGCAUUGGAGAUGACGUGAAGAUCAUAAACCCAGACAAUGUCCAAGAAGCGGCAAGGGAAACAGAUGGCUACUUCAUAAAGAGCGGGAUCGUCACAGUAAUCAAAGAUGCCUUGAUUCCAGGUGGAACGGUCAUCUAAAACGUCUUUAUAUCUUCGUCCUCUACCAGUUGUGUUGGCUCCACCAGAGAAACAACAAAAAGCCCUUUAACAUUCUGAGUUUGUUUGUGUAGCACCAUAUAUAUAAAUAAUAUAAUAUCGGCUCUCAGUCUUGAUGUACUUUUGGUAGCAGCAGCAGCAGAGAGGAUUUCUUCUUUAUGAGCCAUCCUGUAAGGUCCUUUCAAUAAAAUUUCCAUCUCAAAUGCCUUUUUUUUCUGA